AACUCAUUGUCAGUUCAAACUUCAAAGUUCCUUCCUUUCCUCCUCCCAAUCCAUAAUAUCAAAACCCAUUUGCUUCUUUCUUCCCCUGCCAUGGCGUCUUCUGCAACAUUCUCCAUUUCUUUAUCGCCGUCCUUUACUCUCUCUCGCAAAAACGUCAGGCCGUUUCUCUCCCGGUCAGGUUUUUGCGUCAGAGUGAGACCCAUUUCAAUCAAAGCGUCGUCUACUUCUCUUGAUCACUCUACCCUUUCCGUCGCCGGUACAGAACCUUCGAUACCCAUAAAGAGCAAUAACUGGCAAUGGAAAUUCAAGGACAAUUUGAUUAAUAUAUAUUAUGAGGAACAUGAGAGGGGGGGCAAUGGUGCUGCUAAGAAUAUUCUUAUGAUUCCAACAAUAUCUGAUGUGAGCACUGUGGAAGAAUGGAGAUCAGUGGCUAGAGAUAUUGUUGGAAGAGACGGUAAUGUUAAUUGGCGGGCUACCAUUGUUGAUUGGCCUGGUUUGGGAUACUCUGACAGGCCAAAGAUGGAUUAUGAUGCCGAUAUCAUGGAGAAAUUCGUGGUUGAUUUCAUUAAUGCACCCGAUGGUCCCGUGGGAUGCUCAGAAAAUGAAUUGGUGGUCUUUGGAGGAGGUCAUGCAGCUACUAUAGCAGUUCGUGCUGCAAAGAAGGGGUUGGUGAAGCCAAAAGCAAUUGCUGCUGUUGCGCCAACCUGGGCUGGUCCCCUUCCUAUUGUGUUUGGUCGAGAUUCAAACAUGGAGACAAGGUACGGGUUGCUCAGGGGCACCUUAAGGGCCCCAGCUGUUGGGUGGAUGAUGUAUAACAUGCUUGUAAGCAAUGAGAAGGCAAUACAAUCCCAGUACAAGUCUCAUGUGUAUGCAAAUCCUGACAAUGUGACUCCAGUAAUUGUUCAAAGCAGAUACGAUUUAACCAAAAGAAAAGGAGCUCGAUAUGUGCCUGCUGCUUUCUUGACUGGUCUCCUUGACCCAGUUAACUCCCGGGAGGAGUUCCUUGGACUGUUUGCUGACUUGGAGGGAAUGAUCCCAAUUCUGGUUGUGUCAACCGAGGGAUCUCCAAAGAGGUCAAAAGCUGAGAUGGAAGCUCUUAGAGGAGCAAAAGGAGUGAGCAAGUUUGUUGAGGUUCCUGGUGCUCUUUUGCCGCAGGAAGAGUAUCCAACUAUGGUUGCAGAGGAGCUUUAUCAGUUUUUGCUUGAGAAUUUUGAAGUUAGUCCUUGAAAUCAUUCAUUAAUGGAGUGUAAAACACAAUUGGGGGCAGAGGUAUGUAUUUUCUCGCCAGCGUAAUCUUACUCAUAUUUCUGGAUUUUAGGUUACCGAGGUUCUGUAUACCGUAUGCAGCACUAUAUCAUCACAGCAAGAAGAUUCUCAUUUUGCUCGUUUGGAUAACAUGCAAGAGUUGAUUAAAUCUUCGAGGGCAAAUAUUAAAAAUUAUUUGCACCAGAAAUUGCAAGAGUUGGUUGUUAAUUGCAACUCGUGAGUUUUAUGGACUUUCGUAUGUUUUUUGCAGAACUUAUAGACCUAUUACAUAUUUUUUUGAUACUACAAGGUUAUAUUAAGGGCAGACCAAACCAUCAUCUUUGAGCCAGGUUCUCUUGGAUACU